UGUGCCUUUAACUGCCUUUCUGGAGGAGGAGAGAAACUUCCCUUUCUUUCUCCUCACACUCAGUACAGAGGCCACUGAAGAAGCAUCACUUCCACAUUCUCUCUUAUUCGCCGGUCCAGAUUCGGGGUGAAAUUCAUAUCUACCUAAAACAUUUUUUUAAAAGACCAAGCUCCCCCUCCCCCCCUCUCCACGGAGGCCGUCGAAACACAGAGGCACCACAAACCCCCCCACAGCCACAGCAGCUGCUCACACACCCCCCGCCCCUUCCCGACAAAGAGCCCAGGAGAGAGAGAGAGAGCGCGGGAGAGAGAGAGAGAGGAGGGAUUAUCCACGUCACGUCCGGGACUGCGCCGCUGACAGAGAGAGCGAGGGAGGGAGGGAGCGAGGGAGCGGGCGGAGGAUAAGACGCGCAGAGCAGCGAAGAGGAAGCCAGCGUCCGCGGGAGCUCGCUCUGCGGUCAUGUGUCAGAGGAGUGUGCAGCGCUCGGCGGCCAGCUCGGGGAAAUGGUUGCAGUUCCCCCAGUUGGCCUUGCGGCGGCGCCUGGGCCAGCUGAGCUGCAUGUCCCGGCCUGCCUUGCGGCUGCGCUCAUGGCCGCUCUCCUUCCUCUACUACUUCCUGCCCUUCGGGGCUCUCAAGCCCCUGGCCAAGGUGGGCUGGCGUCCAACCAGCAGGGUUGCUCUGUAUAAGUCCAUCCCGACGCGCGUGCUGUCCCGAGCCUGGGGCCGGCUCAACCAGGUGGAGCUGCCCACCUGGCUGCGGAAACCGGUCUACAGCCUGUACAUCUGGACCUUCGGCGUCAACAUGAAGGAGGCCGCGGUGGAGGACCUGCACCACUACAGGAACCUCAGCGAGUUCUUCCGACGCAAGCUGAAGCCUCAGGCCCGGCCCGUCUGCGACUCGCACUGCGUGAUCAGCCCCGCAGACGGUAAGAUCCUGCACUUUGGGAGAGUGCGCAACUGUGAGGUGGAGCAGGUGAAGGGUGUGACCUACUCCCUGGAGACCUUCCUGGGGCCACACACCUGGGCUGAGAGCUUAGGCCUCAACAAGAAUGAGGACGACCCCACCUCCUUCCAGGACCUGCUGGUGACCAAGGAGGGGAACGAGCUGUUCCACUGCGUGGUGUACCUGGCCCCCGGGGACUACCACUGCUUCCACUCGCCCACCGACUGGAGGGUCGCCCAUCGCCGCCACUUCCCUGGCUCUCUGAUGUCGGUGAACCCAGGUGUGGCACGCUGGAUUAAGGAGCUGUUCUGUCACAACGAGCGUGUGGUGUUGAGCGGGGAGUGGACUCACGGGUUCUUCUCCCUCACGGCUGUGGGCGCCACCAACGUGGGAUCCAUCCGCAUCUACUUCGACAAGGAACUGCGCACCAACGCCCCCCGCUACAGCAAAGGCUCCUACAACGACUUCAGCUACGUGUCCAACAACAACCGGGAGGGUGUGAGCAUGCGCAAGGGCGAACACCUGGGGGAGUUUAACCUGGGCUCCACCAUCGUGCUGCUGUUCGAGGCGCCGCACGACUUCACCUUCAACCUCAAGCCCGGUCAGAAGAUCCGCUUCGGGGAGGCCCUGGGGACGAUGUGAGGGGGGGGGGGGGGGGGAGAGGGGGACCCCCCCCUGCCCGGAUGCGCCCGGACGCUCCCGCUCGCACCUACACGUGACCUACAAGUGCACGCAGGAAAACUAACCGACUGAGUACGCUCUCUCAGACACGCGCAUAAUCGCUGUGUGCAUUUACACGCUAAAGCAAUGAGGGGUUUGCAGCAAGCGACGCACACACACCCCCAACUUGCGUUACUACCAUGGGAGUCUCCUCCUUUAUUCUUUUUUUAUGUUCAUCAUUGUAUUAUUUACUGUUCACCAGUCAGAUGCAAUGUACAGGCGAGAGAAUGAGUUGUUUUUAUUUGUGGCAUAUUUAGAUUUUGAUUUUGCUUAAAAUGCCGAUUCGCUUAAUUGUUUUUAUUUUCUGUUUACCCACAAUGCCUUUUUUUGUGAUGGAGGUUGUCUGAAACUGACACAAGCAAAAGGACGCGCUGAUGCAAAGCAGUGCACGCUCACUGACACCGUCACCAGUCACUGACACCGUCACCAGUCACUGACACCGUCACCACUCAGUGACACCGUCACCAGUCACUGACACCGUCACCAGUCACUGACACCGUCACCAGUCACUGACACCGUCACCAGUCACUGACACCGUCACCAGUCACUGACACCGUCACCAGUCACUGACACCGUCACCAGUCACUGACACCGUCACCACUCAGUCUGCACACUGAAGUGAAGUGCUACCCGGAGGAAAGACUGCCAUUAAGAAUGUACAAGUGACUGCAAAGUUCAUUUUUUAUUAGCGUUUUUUUUUUUUUUUUUACGUUUUCUCCAUCCACGUGGCCCCACCUCCCUCCCAUUCAUCCAUCUGUCCCUCCCUCUCCCCCUCCCUCUCCCCCUCCAGUAACUCGACCACUACAUCACAUCCUGGACCUGGAGCACAGCUGAACUGCUGUCCCUGAAAAAAUACUUUCAUAUAUUUCAUAUUUUCAUAUACACUUUCAUAAAAUACUAGAGUCAUUGCCACAAAUUAUUAUUAUUAUUAUUGUUAUUAUUAUUAUUAUUAUUAUUAUCAUUAUAAUCAUUAUUGAAAACAAGUUUUACUUGCUGAAAACUGAUAAGAUAAGUCUCAGACCCGGACUAAACUUGAAUUUUUCCAAAUUGACAUGUAUCAAACAGCAAUGGACCUUAGACGCCCGCAUACUGAAAUUCCAGGUACAAAAAAGUAAAUCUCAGGACCACUGCUCCUUUAGAGAGUCGAUUAUGACGCUUCUGUGCAAAUAUGGGGAAGACGUACUACCCUGCGAGACACUGCUGCUUCCUGAUGGCAGGUGCUUUGUCAGCACAUCCAUCACUGUGUGCGGUAGUGGCUCUCAGUGAUUGGAGGGAGCUACACAGAGUAGCCACAGAAUUGUGAGAACCAAUCAAGUGGUUUACCCUCACACUUCCCACAGCAGAACCCAACGAUUGGUGUACGUCACAGAUGCUAAUGUCACAUCGUAGCCCUGCUCGAAAUCUCCCUCCAAUUUCUUUCGUCUUUGUCCCAGCACCAGUGCCAGUAAGAUAUUUCCCUAAUUCUUUUGAACUCCCAGUUUUAACACGAGACAUUUUAGCCCUUCAGUUAACAAGUCUGUCGACUACUAGGCCUAUUCCAAGACUGGCGGCACAUUCAGGAAAGAUUUCACCAAAAUCGAUAUAAUAUUUGCACAUUUGUACUCUGUAGCUUCACAUAGUGUAGGGUAGUUACCAUUUUUCACCGACUUUUAUUUUAUUUUUAUUUUUUUAUUUAUCUUUUUGGAGCAGCUGAUACUGCUGUCUGUACUUUGAUCAGCUCAGUGUAAAUGGUGCACUAAUAUUAUUACUAAUAUUGACAAAUAAAAAUAAAUAAAUGAAUAAUAGAAACAUUGAUAAUGUCCCAAAGAAUGCAGAGGUUUGGUUCUAUGGGGGGAAUGCUGUGAAAAGACAGUCAUACGGUGCAGUCCAAGUACUUGGACAGUGACACAAUAUUCACUGUUUUAGCUCUACUCCAGCACAUUGGAUUUGAACUGAAACCAUGAACAUGGGUUUAAAGUGCAAAUUAUCAGCUUUAAGGGUAUUUACAUUCGUAUCCACAGAUGUUUCUGUACACUUCAGAUUUAAUCCUGCCCUCAGAAGUCAUAUCAUCAAUAAAGAUGAGUGAGGCAGUUCCGGUGGCACCCAUGCCUGCCCAAGCCAUAACACGACCUCCACCAUGUUUCAAAGAUGAGGUGGUUAUGCUUUGGGUCACGAGCAGUUCCUUCCCUCCUCAACACAUUUGUUUUUCCAUCACUAUUGGGGCAGGAUAAUGCUCAUCUCAUCUGCCCAUAGGCUUGUCCCAGAACUCUACAUUUAUUUAAAUGUACUUUUUUUGCAAAAAAUAUGUUGCUGGCCAUUGCAGUGAACCUACUGGUGCUGUGCCAGUGUGUUUUGACUCCACUGUGUGUUCUGCCCCUUGAUGCCCUGCUUUACUGGCUCUGACACUUAUUUGGUGGUUGUGUUGAGAAGCGACAGCAACAGUCUCCAACGCAAAUGCGAUGCACGCAACUCCUACUUGGCUCCCCCGAUACGGGUGGAAAUGCCCUCAAAUAGCCACUUGGUCCACUUUCACAACACAUUGUUUCAUUUCAAAUCCAGUGUGCUGGAGUACAGAGCUGAAACAACAGAAAUUGUGUCACUGUCCAAAUACUUACAGACCAGAGUUAUUUUUUUCUCUCCAAUUUCUCAUUGUGCCAAAUAUGAAGAAUGAGUUGGGUUUUUUAUUUUUAUUUUUUAUUUUUUUAUUUUUUUCCGUUUUACCACUUUGCUUUGAGAAAAAGACAUACAUAUAUUCUAGGGGGCAGUUGUCUGCCAAUGUUGUCUGCACUGUGGACUUUCAGGAGCACAAUGAUGAGAACAUGACGGACCCUGUCGAACUCGGAGGGCACAAAGCUCCAAGGAACUCUGACCUCUGACCCCUGACCCCGUGGCUGAGCGCACAGACGGGGGGCUGAGGAUGGGUCUCACACGGACAGACCUGGCAGGGCGGGGCCAACAAACCAGAAAUGUCCAGAAGAGUGAUCAGUGUCACAGUGAAGAAAAGCUGGGCUCUUCUGGCUUCCUCUGGUCACAGCUAGUUGUUUUUUAUUUGUCCAAUGUAAGAUACCGUACUUGAAUCAUUUGACCCAUUAAACACAGCAUAGAUUUUAAUUUUAAUAUUGCAAAAAGCAGAAAAAGUGUAAUUAAUAAAAUUUUUGCCUAUUCUUAAAAAAUA